AACGUCCUCUAGGUGGACAGUAGGCGGCAGUAACACCCCGUACGGCGUAAAGUUAAACAGAGGAAAUGAAAGAGGAAGAAACACGUUAAGGAAUAAUACACGGGAACAACAUGGCGGCACCCAUACAAAGCUUUAGCAAGAUUUUGUGCCGCAUAUCUACUCCGGUUUUGCGGUCUCUAGUAAUACAUAAGCCAUGUUCCCAGAGACUGGUCACGCUGUGGGCUCGGAGCGGCCCAAAGGUGGAGCUUCUGGGACGACGCACGUUCUGCACGGCGCUGCCUGUCAAGGAUGACAGCCCAAACGAGGCUGUUGUGCGCUACAAGGACAACCCCUGGGAUUACCUGGAAAGCGAAGAGUACAUUGAGCGUUAUGGAAAAGGUCACGUGUGGGCGGAUUACAGGAGGAACCACAAAGGAGGCAUACCCCCACAGAAAACCCGCAAGACCUGCAUUAGGGGAGACAAAAUAUGUGGAAACCCUUGUCCCAUUUGUCGCGACAACAAUGUCAUCAUUCACCAUCAGAAUGUAAAGUUGUUGCAGCAGUUCAUAAACCCUUACACCGGGAAGGUAUAUGAUCCCACUCGAACCGGUGUCUGUAUGAAACAACAGAAGGUGCUUAAUCAGGCAGUCAACAUGGCAAGAGACCAUGGUUUACUACCAUUCCAAAUACCCCAUGUGGAAUUCUUGGCGGAAGACUUUUCCAAUUCCCAUGAUGCAGUGGGUUCAACACCAACUCCUGCAUGUUUGACUUCUGGAGAGCCAUGGUACACAUGGUAUGACAAGAUGGUGCCUGACGAGAAAGAAGUUGCUAAAGUGAAGAAAAUAUACAAGGCCUAUCUCAAAUAGGGGGUAUGAAAAAUCUAUAUACAUGUUGAGUGAUGUGGAAAUAAAGUGUCCUUUUUCCAUUUGAGCUGUCCACAAUUUCGUCAUUACAUGAUUUACCAAACAAUUAAAAUAAAAUGUUUUAAUUCUCA